UAUGUUAAAGAAUCUCGUGUUUACAGUUCACACUAUAAAAUAAUAGUACACUACUCUACUUGAAAAGUUAAGAAGAACGAGAAGAAGUCACUAAGUACAAAAUAAAAAUAAUAUCAGUCAUUGCUAAUUAAUACUUCAAAAUGAAUACAUUUGAAUCGAAUUCACAGGAUAAUAACAACACAAGUUCAGACGAGGAAGAUGAAGACGAAGAAGCCAAGGAAUUAACUGAUGAUAUUGAGAAAAGUUUUUUUAAAGCAUUGUCUUGUCUCAAGAAAGAUGAUCCCAAGAUUUAUGAUGAAUCUGUUAAAUUUUUUGAUUCGUCAACUACACAACAAAGUACCAAAAAAUCCAUUGAUGGCAGUAAUAAAGGUUCAAAUCCUAUAUAUUUAGAAGAAUAUAAAAGAAAAAUUUUGUUAGAGCGGGGACCAGAAUUUGAUGACACUGAAGAAAUGAAUGAUGUUCUUAAGAAAGAAAAAGUUCGAAUGUCAUCGCCUUCAUAUGUGGAGGAACAGCAAGCUAUUAAAGAAAGUUUUAAUUUUGCUCUUGAUGAUAAUUCUGAUGAUGAAGAUAUAAUAAAACCACGAUUAAAGUCAAAAGAAGAACAGGAAAAAGAAGAAAAAGAUUAUUUAGAAUGGUUAAAAGGAAAUCGAGAUGAACUUGAAGAUGAGGAAACAAAAAGAGAUCUUCAACAUCUGCAUGAUUACUGGAACAAUCCUAAUUUGGAUGAAGGAGAACAGUUUUUAUGUGAUUAUAUCCUUAAUAAAAGAUUUCUAGAAAACCCAAAAGAAGAAAGUUUAUUAGAGGAUGAAAUGAGAUUUUCUGAAGAAGAUGAAAUGCUUGAAAAACAUGAAGAAUUUGAACACAAAUAUAAUUUCAGAUUUGAAGAACCAGAUAAAGAAUUUAUCAAAACUUAUCCUCGAACAAUGGAAAAUUCUUUAAGACGUAAGGAAGAUAAACGUAAGAAAAAGCGAGAAGAACUGACAGAAAGAAAAAAAAAAGAAUUAGAAAAACGGUCCCUAGAAAUCAAACAACUUAAAAAGCUUAAAAAAAAAGAAAUCAUUGAUAGGAUUAAAAAACUUCAAGAAAUAACUGGAAACAAGCGUGUAGGAUUUGAGGAAAAUGAAUUAGAAGAAGAUUUUAACCCUACUGAGUAUGAUCGUAAAAUGCAUGAAUUAUUCGAUGAAGAAUUUUAUGAUAAAAUGGAUGAUGAGAAACCAGUAUUUGAUGAUGAAGAGGAUGAGUUUAUUAUGGAUUGUGACUAUGAUCCGAGUAUGGACAAGAGAGCCAAAAAACAAACUAGAGCUGCAAAACGCAAAGAAAAAAAGAAAACAAUUAUUAAUGAUGUUGAAGAUGAAGAAGAAAUUAAUCAUAAAAAAAUACCAAAAUACAAUCCAGCAAAAGGAUCAUUUGAAAAAUACAUUGAUGAAUAUUACAGUUUGGAUUGUGAAGAUGUUGUUAGUGGUGUUCCAACCCGAUAUACUUACAAUAAAGUUGUUCCAAAUGAUUAUGGCCUGACAAUUGACGAGAUUUUGAGAGCUGAUGAUAAUGAACUUAAUAAGUGGUAUCCUCUUGGAAAAUUGACAAAAAUUCAACCUGAAGCUGUUCAAAAAUUUGAAGCUAAGAUUUACAAACGAAAAGCUAAAGAUAUUGAAUUAAAAAAGAAAAUGUUACCUAGUCUUUUUAAAGAAGAGUAUGUUCUUAGACUUUAAAAAAAAAAAAAGAAAAAGAAAUCCAAUAAAAAUGUUUUUAAAGUUGAAGAAGUUUUACCCAAAAACAAUGAAGACCUUCAGAAUGGAAAAGAAUGUAAUAACAAACAGUUAACAAACAAAACUAAAUUCAUGAAAAAUACUCAGAAUGGAUACAAAAUUAUAAAAAAUGUGAAGAAAGCUGAAAAUAGUAAAAAAGUUCUUACUCAGAAUGAUAACUCAGUUUUAAAAAAUGUUAAGAAAUCUGAAAAUAGUAAAAUUGAUAAUUCUCAGAAUAAAAAUAAAAUUGUUAAAAAUUCUAAGAAAGCCGAAGACAGUAAAAUAGAUCAGACUCAAAAUAAAAACAAAAUUAUUAAAAAUGUCAAAAUGGAUGAUAAGAGUAAAAUAAAUUCUUCUCAAAACAAUAUCAAAACUGUUAAAAAGGGUGAAAAACGAAAAAUAGAUCAUACUCAGAAUGGAUUGUCUAAAAAACAAAAGUUCUUGGUUAAAAAGUACAAAACUAAUAAAGAACCUAGUGCUUUGGAAUCAAUUACGGAUGACCGAUUAAAGGCAUAUGGAAUCAAUCCAAAAAAAUUUAGAAAUAAAUUAAGAUAUGGAAACAAUCAAUAAAACAGUUAUUAAAUUUAAAUUGUU